AUGACAAAACUCGGUGGUGUAGGAAGGCAUCUCCUGGCGCUCGAAGCUACAGACCCUAAAGAAGUCGUGAAUUGGGCCAAGCUCCUUAUGGCUGUCGAAUGGAUCUAUCUCGUGGCGGUGACCUUGCCAAAACUCUCCAUCUUGAGCAUGUACCUCGGAAUAUUCACCACAAAAUCGUAUCGAAGGAUUAUACAUCCACUGGCUUUUUUCUGGGAUCCCACCAUACCUGGCGGUCAUUGCAUCGACAUCAACGCAUUUUUCAGGUGGAUCAGUCUACCCAACAUCCUCACGGAUGUAGCGAUGCUCGUUCCACCUCAACCACUCGUAUGGACACUCAAAGUCAUAAGACACCAGAAAAUAGGACUGACAUUGGCAUUCUUGACUGGUUCUGUCGGAUUGAUAGCCUCAAUAUUUCGCUUUGCGACCUUCUUUCGGAACGAUGCUAUAACUGAUGGUACUUUCUCGUUUGUGGGACUCAUGUCAUGGACCAUUAUCGAACUAGGCAUCUACCUCGUUGCAGCUUGCCUACCAGCGCUACGUCCGCUCGCUCAACGCAUCUUCAAAGACAGCCUUCUCACCCGUCUCAGCACGAAAUGGAUGCCUAAGUACGGUGACAGAUGUUACGAGCGCAGCACGGUGAAUAUCAAGCUCGAGGGACACAGAAGCGUUAGGUCUGAAGUCCAUCGCCCUCAGCAAUGCUUUCAUCGUCUAACCGAUGGCAGGGAGAGCAUUGGUAAAAGCAGUGCGGAUGAGAGAAGUCUGGUGGACAAUUACUGGAGCGCGAGGGACAAUGUCAGUCAAUUCGCUCGGAAUGACUGCGGUUCCGAUCUAAAGGCGCAGCACAUUCGUGUUGAGAACAACAUUGUGAUCACCACAUCCGAUUCUCUUGCUUAA